AGAAAGAAAGUCGGUGUGAUAGCGUGUUGUAGUAACGCCGUUUCAAUAUGGCUGGCGCUUCGUCGGUAGCCGGUGAAGUGUUUGUUGACGCUUUGCCGUAUUUUGAUCAGGGAUAUGAUGCUCCCGGUAUUAGAGAAGCAGCUGCUGCUUUGGUGGAGGAGGAAACCCGAAGGUACAGACCUACGAAAAAUUACCUGAGUUACCUGCCGACUCCGGAUUUCUCAGCUUUUGAAACCGAGAUCAUGAAGAACGAGUUCGAGAGACUUGCUGCACGCCAGCCCAUGGAGCUUCUCAGCAUGAAGAGAUACGAGUUACCCGCUCCAUCAUCAGGCCAAAAGAAUGACAUGACAGCAUGGCAGGAUUGCGUGAAUAACUCGAUGGCCCAGCUGGAGCACCAGGCAGUGCGCAUAGAGAACCUGGAACUCGUGGCACAGUACGGCACCAAUGCCUGGAAGAUGUCGAAUGAUAACUUGGCGUUCAUGAUUGAAAACGCACAGAAGGAGCUGCAGAAGGUUCGGAAGCACAUUCAGGACUUAAACUGGCAGCGGAAGAACGAUCAGCUCACUGGCGGGGCCAAACUGCGAGAACUGGAGUCUAACUGGGUGUCCCUCGUGAGUAAGAACUACGAGAUCGAGCGAGCCAUCGUGCAGCUGGAGAACGACGUCAGCCAGCUGAGGCAGCAGCAGGGAGAUGAGAACAAGGAGAACAUCCGACAGGACUUCUAGUAAGUGACAUGCCUGUCCAGCGCAAUCUGGAACAACAGAUGGAUGCACCGUUUCAAAAAAAAAAGACGUAAAAAAGGACAUUUCCGAGAAGAGCGUGGAGAUGUUUCUGAACUGUGAAGUGAGCAGAGGAAAUGGUAUUGAAGUUCCAGUACCUGAUCUGUAACUGUUUUUGAAAACUUGUUACAGUAUAGUUCAGCGAGAAUUCUUUGGUUUGUAUUUUUUUUGUGUUUUUUUUUUUUUUUUUUUGUGUGUCUGUGAAUGUCAACCAAUUCUUUAAACUC